AGCCCCAGUGGCUUCCGCAGCCAGUAAAUAUCCGCGCACGUCGGGUUUUAACUGCCCUUGGUGAAAAGUACAGGCGCAUCUUCUUCCUCCCGCGAGACACAUCUUCUUCCUCUCCCGGGUCCUUCCUCUUCUUGUGGAGCUCCCUCAUCUCUUUCUCUGCACUGAUCACUUCAUGGCGUCUGAAGAUCCACAUCACAAUCAUAACCAUGCCCAUGUCCAUCAUCAUCACGACCAUCAUCAUCACGACCACCAUCAUCAUGAGGAAGGACAUGUUGACUCAUCAUCUUGGGUUGGCCCUGAUGGAAGGAUAUACCAUUCCCAUGAUGGCUUAGCGCCACACUCCCAUGAGCCCAUCUACUCCCCUGGGUACUUCUCAAGAAGGGCACGGCCCCUUGAGAAUAGGAACUUCAGCGAACGUGCUUUCACUGUCGGCAUCGGCGGUCCUGUUGGUACAGGGAAAACAGCUCUAAUGUUGGCACUUUGCCAAUUUUUGCGUGAUAAGUACAGCCUAGCUGCGGUCACAAAUGACAUAUUCACAAAAGAGGAUGGAGAAUUCUUGGUGAAGCAUGGGGCACUUCCUGAGGAAAGGAUUCGAGCUGUGGAAACUGGCGGCUGUCCACAUGCAGCAAUUAGAGAGGAUAUUAGUAUAAACCUAGGUCCUCUCGAGGAGCUGUCCAACUUGUUUAAGGCUGACAUUCUUCUUUGUGAAUCUGGAGGAGAUAAUUUAGCUGCCAACUUUAGCCGUGAGCUAGCUGACUAUAUCAUCUACAUUAUUGACGUUUCUGGAGGUGAUAAGAUUCCUAGAAAAGGUGGUCCAGGAAUCACGCAGGCAGAUCUUCUAGUUAUAAACAAAACAGACCUUGCUCCAGCAGUUGGAGCUGACCUAGCAGUUAUGGAGCGUGAUGCACUUCGAAUGCGUGAUGGAGGGCCUUUUGUUUUCUCUCAGGUGAAGCAUGGAGUUGGUGUGGCCGAAAUUGUGGAUCAUGUGCUGCAAGCUUGGCAAACGGCUACUGGCCAGAAAUGCCGGUGACUCUUGCAUUCCUGCUUCAGAUAUGGAGAACCUGGCAACAUGCAAGGGAGAAAAAUGUGGAGUUUUAAGUGUCGCUAGAUAGUACCUCUUUUCCUUUUUCCUCCGCAUACUUUUGUCCUGUGAUACCAGUUCAUGUUUAGGUUCACUUGUGAAGAAGUCGAGGACACUAACGCUCGGUACAUGAUGGCUCUGACUUAUCAUGUUUCUACUUCCCUUGUUUGAUGAAUCUUCGCAACA